CAAAGAAGAAGAAAAAAAGGUAGUAGGAACUGUUUCUCGCGGAACAAAAGAUGCGUGCUGCAUUUUCAGGAGAGCGCUGGACAUUGUGUCCGGCGCUGUUUUGCAUCCGAGUAGACACAGGCAUGCCCUGUUUGAUAAUGCGGGGAGAGAUUUGAUGUGAUAACUGUGAUAAUCCCAGCACUGUGGCUCUGCUGGCCGUGAUGGGGCUGCUGGGAGCUGUCUGUCGGCGCUCCGCUGCGCUGCGUCUGGAAAGCCUCAGCAGGAGCCGCGGCGGCGGGCGGAGCUGCAGCUCCGGCCGGGAGCUCCGAAGCUUCAUUGAGCAGAACACACAGAUUGGGGAGCAGAGCCUCACGCCGGAGAUUAAACUCAGAUUAUUCACUCCGGAGUGUACAUUCUGGCACGCGCGGCCGGAGCUGUGGCCCUUCACUGAGCCUUACUGGGCCAUUUACUGGCCCGGGGGCCAGGCGCUGAGCAGGUACUUGCUGGACCGGCCGGCCGUGUCUCGCGGGAGGUCGGUUCUGGAUGUGGGCAGCGGCUGCGGGGCCGCGGCCAUCGCUGCCAAACUGAGUGGAGCCGCUCGUGUGGUGGCAAAUGAUGUUGACGCCGUCGCUGCGGUUGCCACCCACAUGAACUGCGAGCUGAACGGCCUGGAGCCUCUGGUUUGUGUGACGGACAACAUGAUCGGUUCAGAGCCUCCGGGUUUUGACCUCAUCCUCCUGGGAGACAUGUUCUACGACGAGGCGCUGGCUGACAGUCUCCACGGCUGGCUGGGGCGCUGCGUCAAAGCCCACGGCAGCCAGGUGCUGAUCGGAGACCCAGGCAGAGCCCAGUUUGAGGGGCACCGCAUCCGAGGGCGCCUGCAGCGGCUGGCCCGGUUUGAGCUGCCCGAGUCGGUGAGGGAGCAGAACUAUGGCCUGACCUGCAGCUCCGUGUGGCGCUACCACCCCGACCUCUGACAGCUGGUCUGCAAUUUAAUGUCAUCCGUCAUGCCGACGGGGACAUGUGUCAGAUUUAAACCGCGGCAUGAGACUGUGAGAGGGCUGCUUCUCUGAUGGUUUCCCCUCUGGUUCACUCGACUCAGUUUUCGGUGGGUUAACCCCAACUCUGUCUCCUGUUAUUUUCUCCUAUAUGUCUCCUUUAUGAGAUGGAUGAGAUUUUGCCUUUGCAAGUAGGCCUAUGUCAAAACAAAACGUGAAUAUGCAGUAAGCAACAAUGAACAUUUAUUAUAUUUAGUCUGCAGGGCUGAAGUACAAUAAAUAAGAGCCAUAACAAACAGAGAAUGUAGAAAACACACUGCACUGAGGUAAGAAAGUUAGGAAAUAUUAAAA